CAAAAUUAAAUAAACGUCCCCUAAAAUGAAGCAUCUCGUCAGUAAGAUCCCACUCGACGUGUAUUACUUUGUUCUAGGACUGAAUUGUUGAAUACCACUACAGUUUUGGCCACAGGACGUUGUCAGGCAGCAGUGCAGCCGUUUUCCCGCUUGCUUUUCCGCCACAGUUUAAACUGGCAGCUGUGAUCGUCCACUGGCUGUCAUGGACGUUUGGUUGUGUUACAGACGACGCGUGUUUACAAGGAUCAAAUAUUGCUCAAACAAGAAAACUACAGUUGUUUAUCGUUCCUGAUAGUACCCUGUUACUAACGUAGCUAGCUAUUUUUGCUCAAAACUGGCCAGAGCUCAUCAACUGUAAUGUCUCUGCCUCCAGAGAAAGCUUCCGAGUUGAAGCAAAUCAUUCACAACCAUCUGCUCAAGAUGGAUAUCCACGGGAAGAUCCGAGAGGUGCUGGCUGAGACUGUGAGGGAUGACCAAGGUCCAGCACAUCGAUCUCUGUCUGAGGCGGAUUUCCUACGUGCUCUGCAGCGCAGGGGCAUCAUAGAUGAUGUGAUGAAGGACCUACAUUUUACCCAGGAAGUACCCACAGAUGCAGAAACAGGAUCUCCUUCGAAGCCCGCUACUCACUUUGUUGACAAGAAUAUUACUCAGCUGGAAAAAACCAAUAUUGACCCCUCCAGGCGGUAUCUGUAUCUCCAAGUGCUUGGUGGUAAGGCCUUUCUGGAGCACCUCCAGGAGCCAGAGCCUUUACCUGGUCAGGUGUGUUCUACAUUUACGCUCUACCUGCACUUCCGCAACCAGAGGUUUCGCUCAAAGCCAGUGCCCUGCGCCUGCGAUCCUGACCUGAAGGAGGGCUUCCUCUUAGAGAUCCACAGAGAUGGCAUAGGAGACGGCAGUAAAAUGGCGGAUGCGACCACCAUGCUGUCUAUGUGUGACCCGGCUCACUUGGUGCUGAUCAAGACGGACACCUCCAGUGAGACAACGCUGGUCUCGUCCUGUUUUCUGGACUGGAGGACAGUCCUCAGCUCGCCCAGUGGGAAGACCUGCCUUGCUGUGGAGCUGAUGGGAGUUGGAAGUGAAUGUAAAGUCCCAGCUGGUGUUUUGACUGUCAGUCUGGAGCUCUACCCUCCUCUCACAGAGACUCUGGGCACUGACAUCAUCAGCACACAGCAAUCACUGGAGAGGCAGAGGACGGCGGAGAAGGAGAGACUCUUCUUGGUUUAUGCCAAACAGUGGUGGAGGGAGUUCCUUGAGAUACGGCCAUCACACCAAUCCAAAAUGGUCAAGAUCUUUGCACAGGAUGAGAACGGCGUCAACAGGCCCGUGUGUUCCUACGUGCAUGUCCUCCGGGCGGGCCGGCUGCUGGAGAGUCCGCGACAGGCGGCGCGCUUCGUCAGCCUGCUGGCCCACGAGAGGGCCCCGGUGGUGGGAGGAGGAGGAGGCAAGCAGGAGCAGUGGUGCACAUUAAUGGCUUUCCUGUGCAGAGGGAAGGGGGACUGUGAGGACCACGCCACCCUGCUGUGCAGCCUCCUGCUGGGCUUUGGCCUGGAUGCGUACGUGUGUGUGGGCACCAAAGCCAAGGGAAUGCCACAUACCUGGGUCCUGACCCGCAGUACUGAUGGGAGCAUCACCUUCUGGGAGAGUCUGACAGCUCACAGAUACCUGCACCAUGCCAUAGACCCAGAUGCCCCACCCCUGGCCCCCCAGCCCAAACCCUCCUCCCCCUACCGCACUGUGGGCUGUGUCUUCAACCACCAGACCUUCCUGGCCAACUGCCAGCCGUCCGAUGCUGUCGAGCUCUGUGUCUUUGACUUCCAGAAUCAGUCUCGGUGGAAGGCGAUGAGCGAAGAGGCUCUGAGGUCUGUUUGCGCCCCAGGCUCCACCACCUCGCUGCCCCCUCUGCCUCCACUCUGUGCCCCAUCUCUGGAUCCUGCUGCUGCCAGCAAUCAGCUGGAGCUGGAGAUGCGCUACCUGGUCUCUGAGCACAGGAAGGACCUGGAGCUGGCGACAGUGUGGGACGACCACCUGUCCUACCUGCUGUCCUCGGCACUGUCGGCCUAUGAGCUGGAGCGUUGCACCGGCGUCUCCUGCGGCAACGAGGAGUUCCAGGACGCAGUGAGGAGGGCGGUGCCAGACGGACACACCUUCAAAGGCUUCCCCAUCCACUUCCUGCACCGCAAUGCUCGGAGAGCCUUUGCCACCUGCCUCAGGUCUCCGUUCUGUGAGGAGAUAGUGUGUUGUCGUGGCGACCACGUGAGGCUUGCGGUCCGUGUUCGAGUGUUUGUCUAUCCUGAGAACGCAUGUGCAGUGUGGCUUAUGUUUGCAUGUAAAUACCGCUCUGUACUCUGACCAACGGACAGAUGGUUCCCAAAAACGACCAGCUUAUGGACAAUAUUUUAGAUCUUCGCAAGGACACCGCGGGCCUGGCUCUUAUAGAUUGAUGCAUGUACAUUGCCCUAAGAAUACCUGGACCCACGAUGAGAUUAAAUUUAAAUUAAGUUGUACUCAGUGUGCACAAGACGUUUGUGGCUGUUGUCUCUGCUGUGAUGCUCAGGCCUUUAUUUUGUAGUCCAGUAGACUCUUUAUUUAUAGACAUUUACACUCCGAAUUGUAUUUAUAUAUCUAUUUUUGUAAAUAAAUGAAACUUACUGUGUGCUUUUUAGAGGCCUUAUUGAAGACGUUUUCCAGUAGAUGACAUCUAUGCUUUCAUAAAUAUGAACAAGAAUUGUUUUUAAAUGACAUUAACUUAAAUUGGAAAAAAUUCGUCUAAAUAAUUGUGGAAAAUGUAGCACACAAAAUAGAAACAUAUAUAAUUUUAGUUAUUGAGCAUGCUGCAAUACUGUAAAUACAGUAUGUAGAGUGAAGUGUAGGGUCUGACUUUAUUGUAAGUACGUGGUGUACAUCUACACCAGACACAAUGACAUCUGUGACUGUUCUCCACUGUUUCCUGUUUCUGUUCUGUUCUUUUUUUUUUUUUUUUUUUUUUGGUAUUCAGUUGGAAAUGCACACACCUAAUAUGAGGUACCCAUAUUCUGAGGAUUACUGUAAUCAUAUAAAAUACAGUAAGCUACAGUAAUGGUGGAAAGUAUAUAUCAUAACUGCCACAUAUUUAAAAUGUAUGGCAGUGGUGAAGUAAUUAGCAAUUAUUUUGCAAUGCUGCAAAUGCUUGCAAACACAUGUUGCAUUGAUUCGGCGAUCAGUACGCCCAGGAAUAAGCAGUGAUUAUAUGAGGUGGCUGUAUUCUGAGGACUGAACAUGUGGUUUUGUGUUUUGCACUUUGUACGUAAGGAGAGCGUUAUGUGUUUAAAGGUAAGAAUACUUAC